AUGGAAAGUUCUCACACGAAGAAAACGAAAAUACGAAAAUGUCGAUCUGAGGAUACGAUUCAAGUACCAAAGAUCCUCGACAUAAAAGUGGAGCCACUAUUUUCCUUGCCAUCAGAUCUGAUGAGUCCUAAAAGAUGUUUGAUAGUAAAACCAGACUUGCUAGCAAAGGACAUAGAUCUAGGCGACGAUAAGGAUGUCAAUAGAUAUUAUUAUUACAUUUGCAAUGGAGUUGAUACAAUUCAUACAGCGAGCAUCGAGCAGGUCUUCGUCGAAGCAAUACUCGACCUGGUUCCCAGCAACUUGCGCAAUCAAUUCCCUGAUUUUGCCAAUAAUCUGAUGAUCGAAAUUAAGGAAGACUUUAUAAAGAACAUUAAGAGGGCCAUCAUCGAAUUUGCACUUACUGACCCUUCCGAAGAAUAUUCUUCAGAGUUUGAUGCAACCGUGGAAAAUCAACGAUAUGUUCAACCGGAUUUUCGAAAACAUAUAGAAUAUUGUCGCGAUAUGUUGCGCCUCGAUUUGUAUUUAAUAAAUCCGUGCAUGCGAAUGACUCUGGAUCUCUGGAUUCGCGAUUACAGCAAAUUCCGAUUGAUCGAUUUAAAACAUAUCGUCGCUCGCAGAGAAAGUUGGGAUUUAAUAAAUUUCCACACCUUAAUUACACAUCAGAUCAUUACCAAUAGACGGAUUUUGAAGAAAGACUGGUACAGCGGAAUUCAGGAGAUAUUUCUCGUGAACAAUAGAAAGAAACUGGUGCCUAGCCCGUUACGUCGCAAGCAAUUCAAGCGGUUCUUCGAUUGCGCCUGCAAGUUGAUGGAGUCGCAUCUUUUACAAGCUUGCAAGCACUCUCUGCGGGAUUUCAUUAAUUACGUUGUGGACGGCAAGCCUGUAGCUUGUCGCUUUAAGGUAAGCAUUGCCAUCGUCUCCAAUGAGCUCGUCUUCGAGCCGUCCUUCGAUAAAUUUAAGGAAUCGCUUUGCGACAUUCUCGAGGCGAUAUGCAACGCAGUGAGGAAUUUCGAAAGAUUGGAGACGCAACUCUACCUCGACUGGGCGGGACCUCAAGAAUUCCUCAAGCCGCAGAUAUCGCAGCACAUCGUUAACCAGCUCAAGAGACAAAUAAAUCAGUUGAUUGAUCGCGAAAGAAUCAUUCCAGAACAGAAGAUGGCAGAAUUGAAAAAAUACGCGCAUCUUUACAACAACGAAGAACUUGGUCGGACGGAAGCUUUUUUAAGGGAUGAGACCAAGAAACUGAAGGAAUACGAGAUGAAAAUUAAUUAUUAUCACGAUCUCGCCGGAAGAAUCCCAAUUGAAGUCGAAAGAACAGUUUUCGCGGGAUUCUUCGAAGUUUCCCGUGCUCCUUUUGUCAGGACUAUUGUGGAAAACGUCGAACACUUCAACGGACUUUUAAUCUGUCAUCUUGUCGAUAAAUAUCAAAAUAUGACCAAGAAUAUUAUAGCGGAAUAUGAAGCUAUUUCCAAACGAGCUUUGACCCCACCUCCCAACACCGCGGCUUUGAUGGAACUCAUCAAGUUCAUCCGAAUUACCAGUGAGGUCACUAUAAAAAGUCUGGAGCAGAAACUGCUGAAUGUGACCAAGCACAUCGUGUUUUUAUCCGAUUACUGGUUACUCACGGAAAGCGAAAUGAAUAAAAACAGUGUGGCCUUUCAGUGGUAUCACAAGAUACCUCAGAUCUUCGAGGAUAACCGGCUGAUUAUCGAGAACAAGACGCAAGAAUAUCAAGAAGCGUUGAAAGUUAGAUACGUAAAGUUCGAAGAGGAGCUGGACUCGUACGCGAAACAAGUAGAAGAAGUGCAAUAUUGGGGAGACAUCGAGGAGGUGUACCGAUAUCAGCGUAAGGCGCAACAUCUGGAAAAUCGUCUGAUUACGGCGAUGGACAAAAUCGACAAAUUUAAUGAAGAAGAGGCCUCCUUUGGCUGGGAAAUUACGCAGUAUCCUCUGCGAAAACAAAUCGCCGACCGCCUACAACCCUUCAAGAAACUUUUCGACAGCACUUGCGAGUAUUUGACCAAAUACGAUAAAUGGAUAAACAGCACAAUUGGUAUUUUCAAUCCUGAAGAAAUCGACAACGAUGUAGCACAGUAUUACAGGGCAAUUUACAAGCUGGAGAAGGUGUUCCAGGAACCGAAUGUGCGGGAUUUGGCGGCCACGGUUCGCGAGAAGAUCGAGGACUUCAAAGAUCGAAUGCCGGUGGUGAUGACUGUUGGAAACCCGGGAAUGAAAUCACGGCACUGGGACCAAAUCUCGGAGAUCGUGGGCAUUCCCAUCAAGUUCGAGCCUGAUCUGACCUUGGGCAAGGUUUUGGCGAUGAGAUUGGACUCUUAUAUUGCCCAGUUUGAAAGCAUCUCCGAGGCCGCCACGAAGGAGAGCACUCUGGAGAUGGGCAUAGAUAAAAUGCAACGAGACUGGACCGAUUUGGUCUUCACGGUAAAUUCUUACAAGGACACUGGCACUUACGUUAUCGCGGGUGUCGACGAGAUACAGCUUCUGCUCGACGAUCAUAUCACGAAGGCUGUCACCAUUAAAAACUCGCCGUACAUCAAGCCUUUCGAAACCAGGAUAAUCAAAUGGGAGAAGACAUUGCAUCUGUUAGAAGACAUUUUGGAUCAAUGGCUAAAAGUACAAGGUACGUGGAUGUACCUAGAACCGAUUUUCACCUCGCCCGACAUCCAACAACAGAUGCCGGAAGAAGGAAGAAAGUUUGCACAGGUCGACAAGAUAUGGCGAGAUAUCAUGAAGAAUGUUUUCAGUGAUUCUCAUGUUCUUGUCGUCGUUGAAAUCGACAAAAUGCUAGAGCGACUGAAAAAAAGCUAUGGGUUACUGGAGCUUAUUCAGAAAGGAUUAAAUGAUUAUUUGGAAAAGAAGAGACUAUUUUUCCCCAGAUUUUUCUUCCUCUCCAACGACGAGUUGCUGGAAAUUCUUUCCGAGACAAAGGAUCCUACACGGGUGCAGCCACAUCUAAAAAAAUGCUUCGAGGGUAUAGCUCGAUUAAAGUUCAACGAGGACCUGGAAAUACUGGCAAUGCGAUCUGCGGAAGGUGAAGAGGUCGAGAUCCUGAUAAUAAUAUCUACUUCUGCUGCCAGAGGACAAGUCGAGAAAUGGCUGAUUGAGUUAGAGGCUGAGAUGCGGAAAAGCGUCCAUCACAUGGUGCACCAAGCGAUUCUAGCGUAUCAUAUCAAGAAGAGGACAGCCUGGGUCCUCGAAUGGCCCGGUCAAACUGUCCUUUGUGUAGGUCAGACAUAUUGGACGCAACAAGUCGAGGAGGCUAUGCUGAAAGGAGUGGUCGGUUUGAAAAGAUACUUGGACCAGAGCCAAGAAGAGUUGAACGAUAUCAUUCUGCUGAUCAGAGGCAUUCUCUCCAAGCAAAAUCGCAUCACAUUAGAGGCUCUGGUUACCCUGGAUGUUCACAGCAAGGACGUUCUCGCGGAAUUGUACAAGGAGCAUGUAAUCAAAAAUACCGACUUUAGAUGGUUGUGUCAACUCAGAUAUUACUGGCUGGAAGACAACAUGUGGGCAUACAUGAUCAACUCGUACAUACGUUAUGGCUGCGAGUAUCUCGGUAAUACAUCUCGUCUGGUGAUCACUCCUUUAACAGAUCGAUGCUAUCGCACCCUCUUCGGUGCCCUGAGUCUUCAUCUGGGUGGCGCACCUGAGGGACCAGCUGGUACCGGCAAAACAGAGACCACGAAGGACCUAGCGAAGGCGGUGGCGAAGCAGUGUGUUGUCUUCAACUGUUCCGAGGGUCUCGACUACAUCGCGUUAGGCAAAUUCUUUAAGGGCCUCGCUUCGUGUGGCGCCUGGUCCUGCUUCGACGAGUUUAAUCGCAUCGACCUGGAGGUCCUGUCGGUCGUGGCUCAACAGAUCCUGACGAUCCAAUGCGCCAUCAACGCCGGCGCCGAGAAGAUGGUCUUCGAAGGUACCGAAAUCUACCUCGAUCCUACUUGUGCCAUCUUCAUCACCAUGAAUCCCGGCUAUGCUGGCAGAACUGAGCUACCUGACAAUCUCAAGGCCCUCUUUCGGCCCGUUGCCAUGAUGGUGCCCGAUUAUGCCCUUAUCGCGGAAAACACUCUAUAUUCUUAUGGUUUCUAUAACGGCCGGCCCUUGGCCGUGAAGAUCGUUACUGCUUAUAAGCUUUGCUCGGAGCAGCUCAGCAGUCAGCAUCACUAUGAUUACGGUAUGAGGGCUGUUAAGUCUGUGCUGAUCGCCGCUGGCAACUUGAAACUUCGCUAUCCCGAAGAGUCCGAGGACAUUUUAAUGCUAAGAAGUAUUCUGGAUGUUAAUCUGCCCAAGUUCUUGGUCCAUGAUUUGCCGCUCUUCGAAGGAAUAGCCUCGGACUUAUUUCCGGGUGUCGUGCUACCAACGCCAGAUUACACGCAUAUAAAUGCGUGUACACGUGACGCCUGUGCCGCAGCAAACCUGCAAUGCACAAAUCACUUCCUCGAGAAGAUCCAUCAGAUUUAUGAAAUGAUGAUCGUGCGCCACGGCUUCAUGAUCGUCGGUUUGCCAUUCGGAGGCAAAACUUCGGCCUAUCGGAUGUUGGCUAACUGUCUCGGUCUUCUAGAGGACAGAGGGUUGAUGGAAGAACAUCGCGUGGAGAUCACCGUUAUCAAUCCCAAAGCCAUUACAAUGGGCCAGCUCUAUGGACAGUUCGAUCCCGCCUCCCACGAAUGGAGCGAUGGUGUCCUGGCGGUGGCCUACCGCGCCUUUGCCACUUCCGUUAAUCUCAACAGAAAAUGGCUGGUGUUCGACGGACCGGUGGAUGCUCUCUGGAUCGAGAAUAUGAACACCGUGUUAGACGACAAUAAGAAACUCUGCCUCACUUCUGGAGAGAUCAUCAUGCUUGCACCCACGACAAAUUUGAUUUUCGAACCUAUGGAUUUGGAGGUUGCAUCUCCUGCCACGGUUUCUCGAUGUGGCAUGAUUUAUAUGGAGCCAGUGAGUCUGGGCUGGACGCCGCUUUUGAUCUCAUGGCUUAACACAUUACCACCAUCAUUUACCGAACAUAUUAAGAGUCAUUUGAAGGACCUCUAUCUACGAUUUUGCACGCCUCUGUUGCAUCUGAUUCGCCGUUGCGGUGCAAGAGAAAUAAUAACGAUGCCGGAUGCUAAUCUGACGCGCUCAGUCAUGUACUUGUAUGAUUGUUUUCUCGACGAUUUUCACGACGAAAAAUACGUGAGCACUCUUUCAGACUUGGACAUGAAAGCGCAAGUAGAGGGCAUUUUCUUCUUCUCGUGCAUCUGGGCGAUGGGCGUGACGUUGAUGGUCAACUACCGCGAGUGGUUCAGUGCGCUCUUCAGGGCGUUAGUGGACCGCGAAUUUCCGGAGGAAGUGCGGCAACGCUUCGGCAUCUCGCCGGAAAUUGGCAAUCCAGAGGAACCAUACGUAGUGCCUUUACCGACCACCGGCUCGGUCUUUGAUUACAAAUACAUCAAGGAGGGUAGGGGCAGAUGGCAACCUUGGCUAGAGGAUCUGAAGGACGUUCCACCGAUCCCCAGGGACAUACCGGUUAACCAGAUUAUCAUCUCAACGGUGGAGACCGUCCGUUAUUUUCAUCUCUUCCAUUAUCUCGUUCGUCAUCAUAAACCGAUCCUUCUGGUCGGACCGACCGGCACUGGAAAAUCUGUCUACAUCAUGGAGUUCCUGCUGAAGAGAAACAAUCCCGAAAUCUUCAAGCCGCUCUUCGUGAUAUUUUCAGCGCAGACAACAGCUAAUCAGACGCAGGAUAUUAUUAUGAGCAAGCUGGAUCGGAGAAGGAAAGGUUUAUACGGUGCGCCACCCGGUCAGCACUGGGUGGUUUUCGUGGACGACGUAUCGAUGCCACAAAAGGAGGAAUAUGGUGCCCAGCCGCCCAUUGAACUUCUGCGUCAAUGGCUGGAUCACCGGACCUGGUACGACCGGAAGGAGGUAGUGCCCAUCCAACUUGUGGAUGUUCAGUUAAUGUGCGCGAUGGGUCCACCCGCGAGCGGACGUGAUGUCACGCCGAGAUUUAAGCGACACUUUGUCGUCCUGGCGAUUCCCGAGUUCGACGACGACGUCCUGAUUACGAUUUUUGGCAGGAUCACCUCCUGGCAUUUCGUCACACGUGGUUUCCCGGAGUUUUUUCAACCGUGCGUGAACCACAUAGUUCAUGGUACCCUUGAUAUAUACAAGGAGAUCAGAAAUACACUUCUGCCGACUCCCGCCAAGUCGCACUAUUUGUUUAAUCUACGUGAUUUCUCACGCGUUAUCCAAGGUGUGCUGCUCUCCGAUCCUGAAGUCAUCACCGACGUGAUCUCUAUGAAGCGUUUGUGGGUACACGAGGUACUGCGAGUUUAUGGAGAUCGGUUGAUCGACGAGGCCGACAGUAAAUGGCUGGUGGAACAAAUUCGGAGAACCAUGAAGACUUACAUGUAUGACGAUAUGGAUCAAUUGUUCGAAGAUUUAGUGGAUGAGCCUUACGCGCAAGUAACGGAAGUGCAGCUGCGCAAUCUCGUUUAUUGUGACUUUCAUGAUCCGAUCGCUGAGCGGAAGUUGUAUAUAGAAACUCAAGAUUGGGAUGCGCUCGCCGAAGCAGUGGAGGAGUAUCUCACCGAGUACAACGAUAUCUCGAAAACACCCAUGAACUUGGUGCUCUUCAGAUUUGCGAUAGAACAUCUCUCAAAGAUCUGUCGGGUGAUGAUGCAGCCGCGUAGUCACGCACUUUUAGUCGGCAUGGGCGGUUCCGGUCGACAGUCCCUGACGAAGCUGGCAGCUCAUAUAUCCGACUACGAGCUCUUUCAAGUGCAGAUAUCCCAGCAGUACGGCAUGAUGGAAUGGCACGAGGAUCUGAAGAAUAUCUUGCGCAAGAGCGCCGCGAGCGACCUGCACACAGUCUUCCUUUUUAUGGACACACAGAUCAAGGAGGAGGCAUUUCUAGAAGAUAUCAGUAAUCUCCUUAAUUCCGGUGAAGUGCCUAAUCUUUUCGCGGCCGAUGAAAAGUCCGAGAUCUGCGAGAAAAUGCGCAUCAUCGAUCGCCAAAGAGACAGAUCCGUCCAAACAGACGGAAGUCCGGUGGCGCUCUUCAACUUCUUCGUGCAGACGGUUCGCGAACACUUGCACGUAGUGGUAACGAUGUCGCCGAUCGGCGACAGCUUCCGCACAAGGGUCCGCAAGUUUCCCGCGCUGGUGAAUUGCUGCACCAUCGACUGGUUCCAUCCUUGGCCGAAGGAUGCUCUGUUGGCAGUGGCGACACAAUUCCUCGGCGAGAUCGAGAUGCCGCAGGACGAACGUCUCGCCUGUAUCGAGAUGUGUCAGUACUUCCAUACGUCCACGCAAGACUUGACCAGGGAAUACCUGAAGCAACUGAAUCGUCACAACUAUGUUACGCCGACGUCCUAUCUCGAAUUAAUCAACACGUUUAAAGAUCUGUUAGACCGGAAGAGGAAAGAAGUGUUACAGGGUAAGAAGCGGUACGAGGCUGGCCUCGGCAGGCUGGAUAACACGCGUAAGGAGGUGGGCAGGAUGCAACAGAUCCUGGUGGCUCUGCAGCCGAAAUUAUUAGUGGCUGCCAAGGACGUGGAAGGUAUGUUCCUGGAUGUGCAACGACAGAAUGAAGAGGCCAGCGCGAUGGAGCAGAUUGUUCAAAAGGACGAGGAAGCUGCUAUGAUCGUUGCCGCGGAGGCCAAAGAGAUUCGUGCCGAAUGUGAUGCAGAUCUACAGGAAGUGAUGCCGAUCCUGGACGCGGCAAAUGCAGCUCUGAACACUCUGACUCCGCAGGACAUCCAGAUCGUCAAAUCCAUGAAGCGGCCACCGGCCGGCGUGCGAUUGGUCAUGGAAGCAGUUUGCAUAUUGAAGGACGUCAAACCAGAAAAAGUACAAGGCCCGGAGGGUCCGAUCGAUGAUUACUGGAAACCGUCACUUCGCAUUCUGGGUGAUAUACGAUUUUUGGAGUCCCUAUUAAAUUAUGAUAAAGACAACAUUCCGGAGCGGAUUAUGACAAAGAUUCGCACGACAAUUUUGACGAAUCCUAACUUCGAUCCUGAACGAAUCAGACAAGUGUCGACAGCUUGCGAGGGUCUUUGUCGCUGGGUAUUCGCGCUUUCGGAGUAUGACAAGGUCGCCAAGGUAGUAGCACCGAAGAAGCAAGCUCUGGCCAAAGCGGAAGCCGACUAUUCCGCCGCGAUGGAUCAGCUGAAGCUGAAGAGAAAUCAGCUACAAGAAGUGCGAGAUCGAUUGUCAAGGCUAGAGACUCUGCUGGCUCAACGAAAAGCAGAAUACCAAGCGAUGACCGAUGAGGUGAAAGAGUGCGAGGAAAAGCUGAGAAGAGCCGAAGAACUCAUCGGGGGUCUCGGUGGCGAAUACACCAGAUGGUCCGAGACUGCCAAAUCGCUCGGAGAACGUUAUCACAAAUUAACGGGCGAUAUUCUGAUCGGUUCGGGGGCAGUAGCCUACCUUGGCGUCUUCACGAUGCAAUAUCGGCAACGACAGUUGGAGAACUGGGUGAAGUUCUGCACCGAUUUGCAGGUCGUUUGCACACAAGACUUUCAACUUACGCAGGUGUUGGGUGAUCCGGUGCAAAUCCGCGCCUGGAAUAUAUUUGGCCUUCCGAGCGAUCUGUUCUCCAUCGACAAUGCCAUAAUCGUCACGAAUUCGCGUCGCUGGCCGCUGAUGAUCGAUCCGCAGGGUCAGGCAAAUAAAUGGGUGAAGAAUAUGGAAAAGGCGUCGAGUUUGCACGUCGUAAGACUCACCCAGCCGGGCUACAUGAGAAUCCUGGAAAAUGCUGUACAAUUCGGACAACCUGUGUUAUUGGAGAACAUAGGCGAGGAAUUGGACGCGGCUCUCGAACCGUUGUUGAUGAAGCAGACCUUUAAAUCCGGUGGCGCGAUGUGCAUCAAGAUCGGCGACAGCAUCAUCGAGUAUUCGGAUAAAUUUCGAUUUUACAUCACUACGAAAUUACGGAAUCCACAUCACUUACCGGAAGUUGUGGUGAAGGUAACUCUGUUGAACUUUAUGAUCACUCCAGUCGGCUUGGACGAUCAACUUCUAGGCAUAGUUGUUGCGAAAGAAAGACCCGAACUAGAGUCCGAGAAGAAUCAGCUGAUAGUUCAAGGAGCGGCUAAUAAAAAAAUGUUAAAGGAGAUAGAGAAUAAGAUUCUCGAAGUACUCUCCGCAGCCAAGGAGAAUAUCCUCGAGGACGAAACGGCUAUCAGUGUGUUGAGUUCGUCGAAGAACCUGGCCAACGAGAUUCAGACUAAACAAACUGCUGCCGAGAUAACCGAGAAGUCCAUUGACGCGGCGAGAUUGCAGUACACACCGAUUGCAGUCUACAGCACUGUUCUUUUCUUCACGAUUGUUAUGUUGGCGAACAUCGAUCCGAUGUACCAGUAUUCCCUCGCCUGGUUCGUCAACCUUUUUAAGAAUACAAUCGAGAACACGCCACCGGUAGAGAACAUAAAACAACGACUGAAGGACCUUAACAGAUGCUUCACCUAUUCUCUGUACGUCAACAUAUGUCGCUCGCUCUUCGAGAAAGACAAGCUGCUCUUUUCGCUUUUGCUAUCCGUGAACUUGCUGAACAAGCAGGGCCAGUUUUCGAUGGCCCAGUGGAUGUUCCUGCUGACCGGCGGCGUCGGACUUGAGAAUCCCUUUGCUAAUCCUACCGAAUGGUUGCCUGCAAGAUCCUGGGACGAACUGUGCCGACUGGAUGAUGUGCCAGGAUUCGCGGGGAUAAAAGAUUCUUAUACAAAAAGUAUCGACGAGUGGAAAAAGGUGUUUGAUCACAAGGAGCCUCAUAUUUUGUCUUUUCCUGCUCCUUGGAAUAAAUUGAGCAGCUUUGAAAGAAUGCUGGUCCUUCGUUGCAUUCGACCUGACAAAGUCAUACCAGCGGUACAAUUAUUUGUUGAAGAGCAAUUAGGACAUCAGUACAUCGUGCCGCCACCUUUCGAUCUGGCAGCCUCUUUCGCUGAUUCACACUCCUGCAUCCCGUUAAUAUUCGUUCUAACACCCGGCGCGGACCCUAUGGCGAUUCUGUUAAAGUUUGCCGACGAUCAGGGAUUCGGUGCCAGCAGACUGUUCUCAUUAUCGCUAGGCCAAGGGCAAGAGGUCAUCGCCGAAGGUCUCAUCGACGAAGGCGUGAAAAACGGCACUUGGGUAGUGCUGCAAAACUGUCACGUUACUAAGACCUUUAUGCCUAUCUUGGAAAAGAUAUGCGAGAGUUUUACAAGGGAAACUGUGCAUCCUGACUUUCGAUUGUGGUUGACGAGUUACCCGGUCGCACAUUUUCCGAUCAGUGUCCUUCAAAACGGCGUGAAAAUGACAAACGAGCCUCCGAAAGGAUUACGCGCGAAUAUUUUGCGAUCUUUUCAUCAGGACCCGAUUUGCGAUCCCGAGUUCUUCGAUAAGUCAAAGCAACGAGAGAUCUUCAAACGGUUGCUCUUCUCGCUUUGUUUCUUCCACGCCAUCGUGCAGGAAAGACGAAAAUUCGGACCGAUCGGUUGGAACAAUCAGUACGAAUUCAACGAGACAGAUUUGCAUAUCAGCGUGCUGCAGCUCAAGAUCUUGCUCGACCAAUACGAUGACGUUCAAUUCACCGCGUUGAAGUAUCUAACGGGCGAGUGCAAUUAUGGAGGCCGCGUGACCGACGAAUGGGACCGACGGACCUUGAACACGAUCCUGACGCGAUUCUACUGCGAGGACGUAAUUGUGGUCGAUCGGAAAUAUCUGUUUGAUCCCAAUGGCCUUUAUUACAUACCGACAGUUAGCGAGUACAGUCAAUUCUUGGACUACGUGAGAGAAUUGCCGAUGACCACCGCACCCAGUGUCUUUGGCAUGCACGAGAAUGCCGACAUUAUCAAAGAUCAACAGGAGACCUACCUCAUGAUGUCCUCCAUGGUGACUACUCAGGAUACCGGCAAGGCGGAAAUAGAUGCUGAGAAAUCGCCGGACGAGAUCGUUCACGGCGUCGCGUCCGACGUUCUGUCGAAGUUGCCGCAGGAUUUCGACCUGGUGGCUGCCCUCGACAGAUAUCCCACGCUAUACGAACAAAGUAUGAACACUGUAUUGGUUCAAGAGAUGGGCAGAUUCAAUAAACUCCUCCAGACCAUCAGGAGCAGUCUUAUAAACGUCCAAAAAGCGAUCAAAGGUCUUAUCAUUAUGAAUCCCGAACUCGAGGAAGUUUAUUCGUCGAUUAUUAUCGGCAGGAUACCCAAGAUGUGGAUGACGAACUCUUAUCCCUCUCUGAAACCGCUUGGCAGCUAUGUAUACGAUUUUUUGAAAAGACUAAACUUUCUGCAGACUUGGUAUGUGGAAGGUUCUCCAACAUCCUUUUGGAUUUCUGGUUUCUUCUUCACGCAAGCAUUUCUGACAGGCGCUCGUCAGAAUUACGCAAGAAAAUAUUCCAUACCCAUUGAUCUCCUGAUUUAUGAUUUCUUUCCUUUAAAGGAGACCGUUUUCAAUAAGCCACCGAACGAUGGAGUAUACAUUUACGGAUUAUUUCUCGACGGAGCUCGUUUCGAUAUGACAACGAUGAAGCUCGAUGAAUCCCUUCCAAAAAUACUUUACGAUACUGUGCCGUAUAUCUGGCUGAUGCCGGUAAUGAAGGACAAAAUACAAAAUGGGGACACGUACACGUGUCCUGUUUAUAAAACCAGCGAGCGGAAAGGUGUUCUGUCAACCACCGGUCAUUCUACUAAUUUCGUCAUUGCGAUCUGGUUGCCGACGUCACAUCCGCCGGAACAUUGGAUUCUGCGAGGUACCGCUAUGCUGUGCCAAUUGUCGGACUAAUUUUAGAAUUGAUCCUGCUUAUUAUU